GCUAGGCCUCCCAUUUUGGCUUUCUUUUUGAAACAACUAAACUUUUUAAACAACUAAACUUGCUUCUUAACAUCUCGUCGCGUUAGGCCAUUCUGUAAAGUAAAUUAUCCGCGCCUCGUAAUUUUUAAAGAAUGGCGUUUCGUCAUUACGUUCAGAUAGGCAGAGUUGCCUUCAUUCCAUUUGGAAAAGAUGCUGGCAAGUUAUGCACUAUUGUUGAUGUUGUUGAUCAGAAUAGAGCAUUAGUGGAUGGACCUUGUACAGGCGUAGAACGUCAAGCUAUCAAGUUUAAAAGGUUGCGACUUACCAAAUUCAGACUAAAAUUCCCUCACAGUACAUCAAGCAGAGUAGUUCGUAAGGCUUGGGAAGAAGAAAAAAUAACAGAAAAGUGGAAUGAAACUUCUACAGCUAAAAAAAUUGCUGCCAGAGUUAAGAAAAGUGAAAUGGCCGAUUUCGACAGAUUCCGAGUCUACAAAGCUAAGCAACAGAUGAACCGUAUCAUUAAGAGUGCUUACUGGAAAUUAAAAGGCAAGGCCAGGAAGAACCCACCCAAGCCCAGAGCAAAGAGAUUCAGAGGCAAAAAAGUAGCCAAGAAGGCUUAAAUGUGUACAUUGAUUAUUUACUUGUUAAAUAAAUAAAAAAAAAAA